AUGGCUUUUAGGCUUUCGAUGCUAAUAUAAGAGAGCAACUCAAGACAUGUUGCUUCAUCGUCAGCACACACAGUUGUAUUAAUCUAAACCUCGGAUAUCACUGACCACAAGAGCACAGUCAUCACUCUAAGGAUGAUGAGAUUGAAGAGGGAUCUGAUUCUACUGAUGCUCCUCUCUUUAUGCGGUGCUCAGAAGAAGGGCACGCAGGAAACAUGGGAGCACAGAGACAAAAAAAAUGGCAAAAGCUGCUCAAACCUGACCCAAGUGCUGGACAACUGGAAAUAUGCCAUCAUGUAUCAGGUGAAGGAUCUGCUGGUCAAUAAUCACGCUUCAGUCUUACCUGAAUAUGUGAGGAUCAAGUCUCUGUCUGAUGCAGUAGAUGACCUCUACAAGCAAUUCAACACUCUGAAAGACAGCCUGGGAAAACUCACCAGUAAAUUUGACAAGGUGGAGGAUUUCGUUGAUGAGCUACAGGCAGGAAAAAUACCCAACGCCUGGAUGUGGAAGGCACCAAAGCGUCCACCAGUGAGCGUGCCAACUCAGACACCAGUGAGGGCCUCAGGUAGAGGACAGUGGGUUCGGAGGGCAAGAGCCAGGAGAAUCCCUGGUACUUAGUGGACAUUAGUGGGACAUUUAGUAGGAUAUUGACGGGGGGGGUAUUUUAUACACUGUUAGUAAAAAGGUUCUUUAAAUGUUCAUUGGAUAAAUAAGGGUCCUUAGCAUCCUAAAAGAAUUCUACUCUGAAACAUUCUAUAUUGAUCUUUAAGGGUUUCUUCUUUGGUACAACCAAAGAGCCCAUAAGGGUUUUAAAUGCAUUCGAAUGUUUUUUUUUUUUUUUUACAUUACACAGUACAAAUGAGAAUAUAUACCUUUAUAUGCAUCACCCAAAGAUCGUAAAACAAAUGACAAAUGCCAUUAGCAUUAUUUUACACUAUAAGACAAAUGCCAUUAGCAUUAUUUUACACUAUAAGAACAUAAUCAUUUCAGGUGACAUUUUAUUUUAUUAAAAUGCAAAGCUUUGCCUAUGAUACCUAGUUUUAGAAUUAGCAGCUAAAUCAGCGGGGCUGAUUACACUUGCUUUGGCAAAUGUAUAAAUAAAUUUGGCUGUUUUUAUCAGAUACCAGAUAUAUUUUUAUCAUAUAUUUUGUGAAAUGUGUGCUACUAUAAUAAAAUUUACACAAUGAUUUAAAUGUUUUCUUUUA